GUGCCGCCAAAUAAGUGGGCGAAUUCGUAACUGCGGUGCGAAUUUCUUGAGGGCGAAUUGGCAUUGGCGAAGCAAAAGAACAAUAACAAAGAAAAGGAAUAAAUAAAGGAAAGGAACAGUAAAAAGGCAUAACAAAAAAGAGAAUAAACAAAAAAGAAAAAGGAUAACAAUGUCCAACGGGAACUUGACCACUGAUGUGAUUUCAUCCCCUGUUCUUGAUUGUUUUGACAUCGAGAAAGUUGCCGAGCUCUUUGAAAGCAGCCUUCUAGAUGGGGACGAUGUGCUCUUGGAUGCCUACUUGGCUGCCUAUGAGGAGAUAAUGAAAUUCUUCCAACUUAUGGGAAGCGUUUUCAGCUUUGUCAGUAGCGAUGUGCGUACCAAAAUUGACAUUCUAUACGAUCUUAGACGAACGGACACGGAUGAGGAGAAACCAUUUGAGAGUAUUAAGGCCAUGCUGCUCCAUGAAAAGGAUAAUAAUUUACUUAAGAAAAAGGGUUACGUAUCUGGGAGUCGCACGCUUCUGAGAUUGCAUCGUGGCCUGGAGUUUGUCUAUGAGUUUCUGGAUCGUGUUCAGGGUAUCAUGGAUGUGGACAAAACCCAUGAUGUAUGCAAAUCGGCGUAUGAUGAUACAUUGGGUAAGCAUCAUCCGUUUCUAAUUAGAAAAGGAGCUGCCCUGGCCAUGUAUGCCAUGCCCACAAGAGGAGAUCUUUUGCGGCGUGUAUGUGAUGAUGUUCCAAAAGCCAUAGAGAAGCUUCCAGCUAUGUUGCAAUAUACUCGCAUAGCAUACGAUCGCACAGAUGAGCUCUAUACGCUUCACAAUUUGCAUUCUUUGCCUUAGAAUAUGUGUAAAAUCAAUUUAAAACCAAUUUAUUAUAUGUAUUAUGCUCCACAAUUUAUGUAUUUUAUGUUAGUCAAUGGAUUAUUAUGUGUUGUUCUCUUUGUUUUAGCAUUCCAAUUAUUAUUUAUAUAUAUAAAAUUAAUAUCUAUUAAACAAUUAAUUGCUGCCUUGCCCAAUGGCUGUGCUAUGUCAAUCUACCAAAACCAAAUAUCACUCACAUUACUUAUGACUAAACAUUAAAUGGUCAAUCUUAUCUAAA